AUGGUGAUGAUGGCAGUGCCCAUAGAAGGAGGAGAAACUGGACGUGCGUUCUUUGUGUUUGGAGACUCGCUGGUUGACAGUGGAAACAACAAUUACUUGCCAACUACUGCUCGCGCCGACACUCUUCUUUACGGCGUCGACUACCCUACUCAUCACCCCACCGGUCGCUUCUCCAACGGCUUCAACCUCCCUGACCUCAUUAGCCAGCGUAUUGGUUCCGAAGCAGCAUUACCAUACUUGAGCCCGGAAAUGAGAGGACAAAACUUGUUGCUUGGUGCCAAUUUCGCUUCUGCAGGAGUUGGAAUCCUUAACGACACCGGUAUUCAAUUUGAGGGGAUAUUAAGAAUAUACCAGCAGUUUGCACUGUUCCAACAAUACCAAGAACGGUUAGGUUUUGAAGUAGGGGCAGAAGAGGCACAGAGAAUAGUGAAUGAAUCAUUGGUACUAAUAACACUUGGUAGCAACGACUUUGUUAACAACUAUUUCUAUCCACCAAACUCUGCUAGGUCUCUCCAAUUCACUAUUCCCAAAUUCUGCUCCUAUGUUAUCUCUGAAUACAGAAAAAUCCUUAUGAGGUUAUAUGAGUUGGGAGGAAGAAAAGUGCUUGUGACAGGAACUGGCCCAUUGGGCUGCAUUCCUUCACAGCUUGCAGAGAGAAGCAUAAAUGGAGAGUGUGUGGCACAGAUUCAACAAGCUUCACAAAUUUUCAACCAGCUUCUAAUUAAAAUGACAACAGAACUCAACAACCAACUAACCUCACCAGUUUUUAUUGUUGUCAAUGCCUUCCGAAUUAACAUGGAAUUCAUCAAUCACCCUCAAAGAUUUGGUUUUGUUUCAUCAAAGAUUGCAUGUUGUGGGCAAGGUCGUUUCAAUGGAAUAGGAGGAUGCACCUCCUUCUCAAGCCUAUGCUCAAACCGUGAUCUUUAUGUAUUUUGGGAUUCUUUUCACCCUUCUCAACAUGCUUGGGAGAUUCUCGCGAAUUACAUCUUCAAUGGAACCACUAAUUAUAUGAGCCCUAUGAACCUUACUACCAUCUUGGCCAUGGACUCCAACUUCUAUUAA